AUGACACAAUAUAAAUAUGGACUAAAGAGCAAACACGAACUUUUCAAAAGUGACAUCAAGUACCAUGGAGUAUUUAGCAUUAACUAUCGACUUGUCAUACCCGGUGUUAUUGCAUUUUAUGCGGAAACAUCAACUGUGCAGCAAAAUCUGCCAAGGAAAGCAGUUGUGUUCUUUAAAAAUAUAAUAUUGAAUUCUGGAGGUGCUUACGAUGCAACGACAGGAAAGUUCACAGCUCCAAACAAUGGCAUAUACUUCUUUUCAUGGACCAUUGCCACAGCUGCGGGGAAUUGGUUUAGUACAGAAAUUGUCCUUAAUGAUAAAAUUUUUGGUCGAAAUCACGUAAAUGGCAAAUCUUCCAGUCCCAAUUAUGAAAGUGGAUCGGCAACAGCUAUCAUUAAAGUGGAGAGGGACGAUAAAGUCUGGAUUAGGGUUUAUGAUGAGAAGGGAUAUGCCUAUGCAGAAUGGUCAUCCUUCUCUGGCUUUCAGUUGUGA